CUAGGUCUCAUGUGGUUGUAUAUUUGAUCAUGAUUUUAAUGGUAUUGACAGGAAAGUUGUUGUGGAAACAGCUGUAAAGAUACAUUGUGUAGCUGUAAGAAGCUGUAUUUCGAAUGCUGGCUUGUUUAUUGCCCUUGUAUUUAUCGUUCUACUUAUUGAACUGCAUCAAUAAUAAGAAGUCACCAAUUCAUAAUGUCUAAGAGCGUGAAGAUUGCACCAGGUGCUAUGGUUUGCAAUGAAUGUGAAUUACGUGGCGAUAUUACUAUCGGUAGCAUGACAGUGAUCCAUCCAAGAGCCUCCAUCGUUGCUGAAGCUGGACCAAUCAUCAUAGGAGAAUGUAACAUAAUCGAGGAGCAAACACACAUAAUUAACAGGGGAACUCCAGGGGAGGCAAAUCCAACAUGCACACCAGUGAUGAUCAUUGGUGCCAAUAAUGUAUUUGAAAUUGAUUGCUACUCUGAAGCCCUGAAGAUUGGUGACAACAAUGUCCUUGAAGCAAAAUCUUUUGUUGGACGAGCAGUGGAGCUAACAAAUGGAUGUAUUGUGGGUGCUGCAUGUAAAUUGUCAUGUCCCGAAGUUGUUCCUGAAAAUACUGUAAUAUUUGGCAGCAAGUGUUCACGCCGUCAGCAAGCUGAUAGGCCACCACCACAAACAUUGCAGUUAGACUACUUAACCAAAGUUCUGCCAAACUACCAUCAUCUAAAGAAACCUCCAAAGAAGGUCAGCAAUGCAUAAAUUUUGUACUGUAAUAUGAAUUUAUCUUGUAGUAAAAUUCCUGUAUCAGCUUAAAGCAAGAAUAUUUCUUAUUAUUAAAAUAUACCAUUUGAUUGUACAUUUAAACUGAUGACCAAAGUAUUUACAGAGAAUCAAGUGGAGUCAAUUUAUAUCCUGCUUGUUUCCAUCCUGAAAGGUAAUUAAUUUAUUUUUUUCAUUUAUGUAAAGUUUGGGAACAGUUUCACAUAAUUAUGAAGUUCAUACAGUAAUUUGUAAUAUUAAGUGGAACAAAUAUAAUUUGUAACAAAAGAAGCCUUUUUACACAUUAAGAAAGAGUUGCUUAAUGCAAAAUUAACAUUGUUCAACCAGACUUCGCAGUUUCCCAAAUUAUUAAUAUUCCAUAUUAUGGUUAAAUGUGUUCAAACCUGAUUCCAUUUAUUUUAUUCUUACCUAGAGGACAUUGCCUUUCUGAACUUUUCAGGUGGCAACAAGUAUAUUAAGAAUCUCAUUUACAAAAAUAGCCAAAAAAAUUUGUAAAGUUGUUCCCAAGACUCAUUAGUCACAUUGACCCCUCUUGAUCAUCUAAAGGUUAACAAUGUGAAAAGUUAUGAGGAUGAGUGAAGUGUGCAAUUGUGUGAAAAGGAAUUACUAGACAGAAUACUGAAUAAAAUAUUCGUUAAAAUACU